AUGUUAGACGAAGAAAACUUUCGCCGGACCUUCUUGGCUUGCCAACGAAAGGAUAAACAAUGGCUCUCAUUGCUCAAUAUCGUUCUCGCGUUGGGAGGUAUUGCAGCCUCAGGCCCGGAUAACCAUACUCACUCAAUGAACCCCAGCCUGGAACUUAUCCAGGCACUGGGGCUCAUGGGUGGCUGGUAUUCUCACUAUAUCAGCCAGCCAAACCUGGGAUAUUCUUUAAUGGGCGCUGCCCUGCGCAUGGCGGCGACCUUAGGCCUGCAACGGGAGCCAUAUGACUGUCACGUGUCACUGAGUCCCAUGAGAUCUAUAGGCCAAGAGAAUAAGCGUCGUGUUUGGUGGUCACUCUGCUGUCUAGAGGUUUGGGGUCUUGAGACGCUUGGUCGGCCAAGUAUGGAUUGCUUUGGCCCUGGAAUUACUACCAACCUUCCCAGUUUGCUUGACAAGGACAACCAUAUUGAAGUUCUUUCCUUGACGGAAAAUAUUCAAUUCGUGGAAAUUGCCGCAAGAAUCCACGAUCUACUUGCGUCGCUUCCAACCAUGGAAUAUACGGAAUUCUUCGAUCUAGAUUCGAAGCUUCUUCGCUGGUGGAAUAAUGUACCACCACUUCUCAAGGAUUAUGAGCCAUGUCCUGAAUCACUCAACAUGCCUUAUGGACACACUGCAGAACGGUCCCGCGAGGUCAUUUCGCGUAUUCUUGAAGCUAAUCUACAAAGUCCGAAUGUGGAAACACAAGAUGCAAGUGGUAGCCAGUUUGGCAGCCAGGACUUCACCACGAUGAACAUUUUACAUAAUUAUCAAGCGAUUAGUUCUGACCAGGCCUCAGAUCGGACAGCCGCAGCCCCGGGAAAUGGCUGGUCUCAGUCCAUGUGGGAGUAUCUGAGCUGGGAAGCCAACGAUAUCUGGCCGGAUCUCUCUAGGCUUAAUGCUCAGAACCAGGUGAUGCCGUUUCUUGACCCCAUCGAUGACGGCAUGUGA